AUGAGCGGGCACGGCUUCCGCGACGUCACGCCGCGCCUCAGCGGUGCCUUGCGCGACACCAGCCUUAAAGGAGCCGCGCUGCGGUGCUGGGUGGCGAUGGCGAGGCCGGGCCAUGGCAGGAGCCGAGCGGCGCCGGAGGAAGAUGAGGAUGAGGAGGACCCGGUGGACGCGCUGGUGGCCAGGACGGGCUGCAUGGCGCAGCACCGGGCGCUGCAGCACUGCAUGGCGGAGCGGCAGGACUGGCGGCACUGCCAGCCCCACGUCAGGGCCUUCAGAGACUGCAUGGCCCAGAGGAAGCAGGACAGGGAGCCAGGGAGGGCACCCAGCUCGAGCCAAGGCCACCCAGCACCUGCUGCGGAGUGAAAGCACCCUGGAAUGCUGAUCCCGGCAUGGGAAUGCUGCUGGGAAUGGGGGAGCUGCGCCAUGUCAUCCUCUGUUUGGGGUUUGGUGCAGUGGGUGGAUGUGCUGGUGAAUCCAUGUGUGGUGGUGGGGAAUUAAACCUAGUGGUGGUGAUCACGCUGGCUGA